UUUGUUGGGAUCAUUUCAAGGAGCCAAACAUCCAGAAAUGCAAAAACAGAAAUAGUACUUUCUGAAUCGUUUAAAGAUGUACACAUUUGGUGGGAUCUAAUAUAGGUAGAAACAGAUUGUAAAAGGUAAGAACAGUCAGCUGAGGAAUACUGUGAGAUGUGGUUAAAAGCUGAAGGAAAAGCAAGAAAGUGGACUUGAAGUUAAGAUCAUGUUGAAGCUUUGGGUGGCUUAAAAACAUGAAUAGGAGCUUGUUACUACGAUCACACACAUACAGUUUACUAAAAAAUGUUAUAACUUUGUACUUUUUAUUACCAAAACAAAAAAUAUAUUAUAUACAGCUGUGGAUAGUUUAUAGAUGCAGUCGUGGAAGAAGAAAUCAGAUUUGUUACUCAACUAAAAGUAGAAAAACUGAAUUUACUUUGUUACAACUAACUAAGGGUCCUACAAGUACACAAGUAUCUACAUCCAAAUAUACUUCAAGUACCAAAAGUAAAAGUAGCCUACUUCUUAUGCGUAAUGGCCAUUGUUGAGUUAAUGGUUACUAUUAUGAUGAAGGGUAAAUGUAGAACUAAUUUGAAUAACUGUAUUGAUGCUGGGUAUCUAUAUAACUCAUCUAGAUAUUCUUUGAGCUAAUAAGCUAAAUAUAAAAGUAACUAACAAUAGCUGUCAAAUAAAUGUGCUGGAGUACAAUAUUGGCUUUUAAUUGUAGUAGAAGUAUAGCAUAAACUGAGAAUACUCAGGUAAAGUACAAGUGCUGCAAAUGUGUACUUAAGUACAGUUCUUACUUAAGUAAAUGUACUUUGUCACUAUCCAUCUCAUAGGUGUUACAUUAUUUAACAGAGAAACAGAUGCAGAAUGCUCGUUCAGCGCGCGCAUUGCACUGUAGCCUACAUGAAGGAUGCUCAGAGAGAUACAGCAGGUGCUGCGGUUUUUCACGCUUUUUGGAAAUAAACGGCAUCAAGAUGGUUUGGACGCGAAAGGAGGGCUUUUAGUACUUCUAUGGACGGACACAGGAGAUUCAUUUCAAAGUCUAAACUGUACUGUUGCAGCGGCUGGUUACUGGUGCAAAGGGAUUAGCAAGGAACUCCAACCUGCUUUGAAGGAGAGCAUGUUUUCCCGUGCGUGUCCUCCACCUGACCCUGAUGAGCUGUGUGCCUUCAUUGAACUAUACGGUCCAAUCAGAUUGCUUCUGUCUUUUCAGAUGAACGAUGCAACACUUUUCCGUCCAGAGUUGUGUGCUCGUAUAGAAGCGUUUCUACACACGUACAGUUUGGCUAACCUAAGGAUUAAAACCCACUUCAAGUUCAAAUUCAGCCAGCAGACCUUCCAGCGAGACUUUAGCUAUGACAACAGAGCGAAAAUCAAGAAUACAGCUAUUGGAAACCAAUGGUCACUGUAUCUGGAUGUCACCUGUAAAACACAGUCAGUAAUACUGUUUAAUAUUAUUGAAUUCAUGUUUGUGUGGAUCAAUGUUGACAGAAAAUACUCUAAUAGGCCUCCAGAGUGUGUGAAGAAAGGAUGCUGGUGUCAUGGAGGACACCCUCUCCUCGGACGCUGGUUGCCCCUCAGUGUCCCCCCUGAAACCAUGGACCAGGGCCUGUUUGGGGAGCUCAGCAUGCAGCCCGUCACACUGCUGAGGCCCUGUGUACUGCAGUACCCUAAUCUGGCAACACAACUCACACACAUCCAAGUGUUGGUGUACGGCCCCAGUAAUGUUCCCCUCACAGGGCCCUCCAUCUUCUUCCAGAACCUCCCUGCUAAUCUGGACUGUCAGGACCUGGGGCUGUGCGGCAUUCACUGCUCCUCCGUUAAAGACGGCAAUGGCACCGUGUACACAGUAGAGCAGGAGCAGGAGGAUCUGGAGCAGGAAAGUGUCUCCUCGAUACAGCAGAGUCUCCUGCUCUACGUCUUCCUGCAGCACGGGGACCCCUUCGCCUCCGAGCUCUCUGAUAUGAUGGCCACAGAGGUGCUGAUACAGCGCCACCUGGAGGAUAUUCUGAACAACAACAGGCAGGCCGUCACAAGAGCCCUGCAGACCGAGCUGAAGGACUCACUGAAAGCCCAACAUCUAAGAAAACAGAGCCAACAGAGGAUGCGUUCAGCAGCGAAGGUGAUUCUCAGUUCCUCCAUCAGUAUCGUGAGCUCCAGCUCUAACAUGGACUUCAGAAACGCCUGUCUCAACAGCAUGAAGGUGAGGGACACUCACGACCUGAGCGCCUCCCUCCAUGAAUCCCUGAGGAGGGUGACAUCAUGGAAAUUCGCUCCAAAGUGCAGGUGCCCCUCAGCUCAGGUAGAAGAAGAACCUGAGGGGGAGGAUCCCACCGGAAGAGAAAUCUGAGUUAAAGGGUUUGAAAGGAGUUCACAUGGAAAUUAUUAUUUCUGCGGUUCAAUGUGUGCCAGUAGGGUUUUGUUAAUGUAGUGGUGAUAGAAAUAGAAAUUAACUUUUUACUAAAAAACAAAAUGUAUCCUUUCUUAUCAUAGUUUGUGUUUCACAUCAGAUCUUUUUUUAUAAACACUUCUAAAAAUAAUAAACAUUUCAAGCUGAGAUUUACACUGAACUGAAAUUGUGAUCUGAGGUGAUGUUUUUCAUUUUUUUACAUGUACCCCUCAACAAACAAUGUAAUGUUACUUCUACUCAACUUUAUAUCAAAGGGAAAUAUUUAACAUUUAAAAAAUGUAAAGAACUAAAGAAAUAUAGUACUGUACUUCACGCUAUUGUUUAUGAGUUUAAAACAAGUUAAGCUCGGCAAACAAGAUUGGUUACUCAUUGAAGUAUUUCGAAACAUUAAAAUACUCGUGUUCACCGCUAGAUGGAGUCGAAAUCUUUUAUUUUGUGGGGCUGCUUACUUCCGCUUAUUAUUGUUAUGGCAUUUGACGUCAUUUCCGGCCGCCAACACCAGCAGCACUUUUUCGCGGUAAAAUGAAAUGAGCGUCUGGUGUUUUAUUCUGCCAUCUAACAUAAGGAUAGCUGCAGUAACUUGUAUUAAAAAUCGCAUACUAAAGUCAAGUUGAUAUUUAUCGUUGCUAUGAAGUGAGAGCAAAGCUAACGAAAGCUAUCAAGGUAUCAUCAACAUAUUGGACAUUGUGUCCCCUCCAUUACU